CGCUCUCUGGCUUAACUGAGACCGAUUGCGUUGCUGUCGCUGGCUUGCUUGGCCUUCCACCGUCCUCCGAGCCCUCGGUAAGGAUGUUGUCGAGUCUUGACUCUACAUUGGCUACUGCCUGCUGGAGAAAUGAACCCCAUCUUGAAGACUGCUUCGUGGGAGCCGCCAUCAUUGGAAUGCCAGCCGUGCUUCUCUUAUGGGGGCGCGUCGCGUCGUUCGAAGUUGCGCCUGGUCAUACAUCACAGUUCGUUGUAGGUGUAAGAGGAGAGAAGACGGUGUACCCGGUAAUUGCCAGAGCGCAAUUUGUAAAACAGCCAGGCAGCUCAGACUGUUGGCAUAAACUGCAUCUGAGAUUUCAUUGGGGCACAGAAUUCCCAACUGCUGCGUGGGGAGGGAUUGCGUGUUUCGAGGUGCAUCCCUUCAGAGACGAGGCUACGACGAGGCUGCGAAAGCGCUGUCCUUUCAUUGGCAUUAUCUAAGAAGUCCAGAAGAAUGAUUCGGACGGGCUACCUUAUCAUAUUCUCGAAUACUAUAUAUAGUUGAUCACCAUGUAGAUAGCGGAUAUACUGUUGCAACUGCGCUUACGCUUGGAUAUUCAGGAAUAAGACCAACAG